GGUCACAGCGCCACGUACGACGCUUCUCUCCCCGCCUCGCUCACUUCGUCACCUUCACACACUCCUCCACUAUUCGCAAACUUGGAAAACAAACUAUUAACAAACCAUCUGUAACGAAUUCUCUCCAGACAACAAUAAGACUGCUUAGUGUAUUAAUACAUUACAAAACUUUACUUAAGCAAAGGCGAAAACUUGUACGUGUUAUAUAUUUUUUGCAACUAAACAUGACUGCCAGCAAAAUGUGUAGAGGCAACUCUCAUACCACACUAUCAACACUCCCGGGCAUUCUCUUGGCUACAUAAUUUACGCCUGGGAGCAGGAAGUGAGAGUGACCGUCAGGUGCCGUCAGGAGGAACACGUGUGCUGGCUCGCCUCCCCCACAGGUGUGAACGGUGCCUUGCCAUGAGUCUUAGCCCAAUCUGAUAUAAUCUGACAAAAAGUGUAACGUCUCGAUAUCUUUAUAAUGCCUGAUCUAUUACGAUUAUAGCAACAUCUUUAUGUCAAGGCGUGAAUCUAGUCUUAUUACUAAAGAAACUUUCUGUGGUCUCUUAACAUCAGUCUGUGGUCUGUUAACACCUGUCUGUGGUCUGUUAACAUCAGUCUGUUCUGUGAUAGUAUAAACUAACGCAAAAACUCUACACUCUAUUAGCAUGUAACUUUAACAUGAGUUUAAACAAAUACUGUAGCGUUGGUUUUUUGUAAUAUUCUAUCAAUUACAGCGACAGGAAGAGAAAGGAAUUAAUAACUGAAGUAGUGAAGGAUUAAUUGAAAAGAUCCUUUAGGAAACUGGGCAUGUGUAGGAUAUUAAACCGGAGAAGGACGUCGGGCCUUUAAAAAACACAAGUUCAUUUUUUAUCAUUAUUACUUACUAAAACCUGAUGUGUAUGUGAGAAAUAUUGACGAGGAGAUAAAGAUUUUCGAUAUAUGCGACUAAUUUAAUCCUUUCUGCAUAAUUAUGAACCAAAAUACACCAAUCAGGUACCGAGAAAUAUAUUAAAUUUUCAUCAUAAUUUACAAGUGAGAAAAGUGACGAAACUACAGUGAGGGAACUUAUUGUGAUGCAGGCGGAGAAGCUCGUUUAGUGGUGUCUGGAAGGAGGCAAUUAGUGGCGCGUGGGCAAUUUGUGGCGCUUGAAGACCCAGUUAAUAGCUCCAGUAAAUAGCUCAUGACGUCUGAGAGGUAUUUGUGGAGUUAGUGGACCGUGGUAUGUGACGGCUCCUUGCGUCACAAACAGUUUAUGGCGCCGGUGAGACAACUGUGUGUAGCCGAAGAGAUGAUCUGUGACGCAAGAGAUUAUAAACAACCCUUAAGAGAUAUUUAUGAAUUCAGCAUAACAGUUUGUGAUGUAUCUAACGCCUGGUCGUACAUGUAGGAGAGAGACAGUAGAGACAGGAGGAAAGACACCGGAGAGAUAAUAUUUGGCCUUGGAGACAACUUGUAAUUACAGACAGACAGACAGAUAGGCGAUGGACCCUCAAGAGACUGUUGUUACCACAGAAACGACGUGAACAAUAUAAACAGUUAUUGGAGAUAGUGAAUUAGUCCCGAGAGAUAAUACAUAUGACGCCAUAGAGGCAGUGUGAAGCCAGCGAGGGACAGUAGAAGAUGAGUGAUGUUCAUGAGGAGUAUACUGGAGGGAGCCCAGACCAGCGUUGUAUGGGGCAGUGACGAGACAACGACAUUAAGUCACUGAUAUAUAAAGAAAAUCACGCGUUAGAUUAAUGUGUUAGUGACUGUUUGAGUGUGAGGGAGGAACCAAAUAAUGUGCAGGAUGAUGAGCACUAGUUAUCACAAAACACAAGUGAUUCCUUGAUAGAGAAAAAUAUAUAUUAUUAUUAUGAACUGUUCGGUGUCGUUCAUUAGUGUUGGGAUCAUAGUUGUAAGUGACGGGGGCGUGACAUAGACCAGACCACCAUGAACGCAGGCAACGUCACCUACUGGUACCAGGGGCCCACAACCCUCAGAUUCCUCAAUACUUCUUGGAUUUUCGACGACGAUUAUGACUUCGACAGUUACCCCGACAUACCGGAGCCCGACGACGACGUUGCUGUCAACGCCUCUGUUAAUGCUUCUGUCGAGGCCACCAUCAACGCCUCCCUCCCCUCCUCCUUGCCAGGGGACCAGAUUAUCGAGGACUUGGCCUCUGAGUGGACGACGAACUCCCUGGUGGAGGCGGUGGUUAAGUCGGUGGUAUUGGCGACCAUCGUGAUGCUGACGAUCGGAGGUAACGUGCUGGUGCUGCUGGCGGUCUUCAUGUCCCGUAACCUCCGUUCCUCCACACACUACCUGAUCGUCAACCUGGCCGUGGCCGACCUCCUCCUCGGCACCACUGUUUUGCCCUUCAGUGCCACCCUCGAGGUCUCUGGCAAGUGGUACUUCGGGCAGGUGUUCUGCGGGGUGUGGGCGACGGCUGACGUCCUCUGCUGCACUGCCUCCAUCUGGUCUCUCUGCGUCAUUUCGCUCGACCGUUAUAUCGGGGUCACUCGACCGUUGGCCUACUCGACCAUCAUGACCGAAAAACGGAUGUGCGUGUUGAUCGCGGCGGUGUGGGCGCUUUCCAUUGUCAUAUCCAUAGGACCCGCCUUCGGCUGGAAAACUCCAGCAGACCCUGACCCGACCGUGUGCACCGUCAACCAGGAGCUGGGAUACGUCCUCUUCUCUGUAACAGGGUCCUUCUACCUACCCAGCCUAUGUAUCCUGGUGGUGUACUGGCGCAUCUACCGUGCCGCCAUCCAGCAGUCAAAGUUCCUGGAGAGCGGCGUCAAGACCACUAAGACCUCCGUCACACUCAGGGUCCACCGCGGCGGUGACACUAAACUCACCUUGCGGGCUCACCGCGGAGGCAUGGGCGUGGGCAUCGCGGCGGGCAUGGCAGCCGGCUUGGCCACAGGAGUGGGCGGCAUAAAUGGCCACUGCUUGGUGAACGGGCAGACAAAGCCACCAGAACCCGAAGAAAAGCGUUCAGGUCUCAGGAUCCACCGCGGUAAAGGUGUAGCAAAGUUGAUGCCGCCGACGCCCCACCUGCGGCUGGCCAUGACGCCCCUUAACUGGAACAAUGACCGUGUCGGGGAGGGUGGCGGCCGCGGGAGGACUAGGGGGCGUCAACAGCAACAGCAGCAGCAGAGGGACGCCACCCAGGAACCGGAGUCGCCCUCCACCUCACCCGAGCGUCGGCUAGCAGGACCCCCGGGCAAGAUGGCCAAGUUCCGGCGACAGAAGAAGGCGGCGAAAACGUUGGGCAUCGUGGUGGGCGUUUUCCUGCUCUGCUGGUUCCCCUUCUUCUUCAUCCUCCCUCUCGGUGAGUAUAUUAGCUAUGUUCCCUCCGUCUUUAAUGUGGAUAGUUUUGACUAUUACACUGGGCAUGAACAGCGUGAGACCAGCAGUGACAUUGUCGUGAAGUAUAUUUCAAGGACUUCGUGUAUUCAACGUCAUAUCUCAAGUUUUGGAAUGCAAACUACUCGGAUCUCUUUUGCAUUUCCUUAUUAA